GUUUUCUUCAUACUUCGACAUCUACCCUGUGUUACUUCAGAUCAUAGCAUCGUCAACGUCGCGUCCUUUUCACACUCCAUCUUUGACUCUCAACCGAUCCUUCCGCGGGACAUAGCCAGACCUCAAACUCAUACAAUAUCUCAUAUCCUCUGCCUCCCUCAGCUGUUCUUUUUCUGCAAUUCCAUGGAGUUCAAGUUUCGAGCCGUUGAUGACCGACAGCCACUAUAUUGCUCCCCUUCUUCCAGCCUCAGCUACUUCACCGACCAAGCUUCGAGAGCCGGCCUUUCAAGCACUGAUCGGAAGCCAAGCCAGGAGCAAAUGCGAAACCCGAAUGACGUUCGAGAAGCAAUCCAGCGGGAGCUUGAGAAGGAGCGGAUCAGAGAAGAGAUAAUAGUAGCGGACAUCGCUCGACGGAGGGUGCUCGACGAGGAGGUGAGAAGGGAGGUGAUGAUGGAGCGAGAGAUAGCCAUGCGGAGGCUCACAGGCGAAGGGUUGUCAUCCGAGGAAUUAUUGAUGAAGGAGCGUAUCAGAGAAGAGAUAAUCGCGGCUGAAAUGGCUCGGCGCAGGGUGCUCGAAGCGGAAGUGAGGAGAGAGCUGAUGGUUGAGCGAGAGAUGGCCAUGCGUAGGCUCACGGCCACGGGCUUGUCAUUGGAGGAGCCAUUGAGAAUGCGGUUCGACUCGAGGCUGCCACCGACGUACCCAUCUGACGGGAGGACAUUUCCUGUUCACGGCAGCGGGUUCGAUAUGUUUCCAACGUCACUGUCAACGGAAGCUAUGAAGCUCGAUAUCAGGCCUCCAUCAGAGAUUAGCAAGGAUAAGUUGAUCAUACUGGCCAAACCCAAACCAAAUCUUUCUAGAGCAAAGGAGAAAGCUGUGAAACCAUCAGCAGGAAGCCCUAGUGAGCCCCCAACAAUUGGUUUGAAGAAGAUGCCCAAGGAGGAGUGGAGUUGUGCUCUCUGUCAGGUUAGUGCCGCAAAUGAGAGAGGUCUGAAUGAACACCUUCGAGGAAAGAAGCACAAGGCCAAAGAAGCAGGGCUUAGACAGAGAAUGGGCAAGAUUGCCAGCUCAACAUCACUGCCAAAGGAAUGUACUAAGCCUUCUCAGCUUACAGAGAUAACCGAUAAUGGAAGCUCAGGACUGCAGACAAAAAUUGAAGGGGAAUCACUUCAGCAUAACAAAGUUGGGGUUUGUUCAUGCAAUAAAGUUCAAGUAACAGAAAAUUUGAAGAAUAAAGUUGAGCAGGUUUCAGUGCAGAAAAACCAAAUUGCAGGAGAUUCUAAGAAGGCAAAUGGCACAGCAACAGGGCAGGGAGACGAGAAAACAACAGAAAGUAAGAAGCCGGAGAAAUUUGAGUUUUGGUGUGAAAUUUGUGAAAUUGGCACCUACUCUCAAGCGGUGAUGGAGAAUCAUAAAAAUGGGAAAAAGAUAACCGAUACUGGAAGCUCAGGACUGCAGACAAAAAUUGAAGGGGAAUCACUUCAGCAUAACAAAGUUGGGGGUUGUUCAUGCAUUAAAGCUCAAGUGACAGGACAUUUGAAGAAUAAAGUUGAGCAGGUUUCAGUGCAGAAAAACCAAAUCGCAGGAGAUUCUAAGAAGGCAAAUGGCACAGCAACAGGGCAGGGAGACGAGAAAACAACAGAAAGUAAGAAACCAGAGAAAUUUGAGUUUUGGUGUGAAAUUUGUGAAAUUGGCACCUACUCUCAAGCGGUGAUGGAGAAUCAUAAAAGUGGGAAAAAGCACAGGGCUCGGCUUCAGAACCUUGGUAUAAAAGAUGAAGUAGUUGUAAACAAGGUCGCCAAGGCAUCAUCAGAUCAUACUCCGAAGGCAGCAGAUACAGAUUUUGCGGCCAAAGAAGCUUAGGCAAAUAAGUCAGAUGCAACUCAAAAGACACAAACUUUUGCUGAUGUAGAAUAAUCUGGUCCAUUUCCAUUAAAAAUUAAUUAAAUUUAGAUGGUGGGGAUAAAGAAGCUCAAAUGAUCUGACAAAGGUACAGUUUUUCACUCCAGAUUUAGGUUCCAAGUUGCAAGCACUAUUUCUGUUUACUUGGAGAAAAAUAUGAGUAGACCCUGUAUAUUAAGAAGUGGCUCAGGUUAAUGACAACAAUCAUUUGAUGCAGAGUUCAACGAUGAUUAAAAGAUAGGUUAAUGACACCAAUGUAAGUGUUAACAUCGCUGGUUGAUUUCAAACGCAGUGAUUGUGAGAGUUCUGCGUUGCAACUUCUCUAGGCAACGCUUUUAAAA